AGUCGUACACGGAUUCUUGGCAAAAAAUAAUCAAUUGAAACGGGAGAAAUGUUAAAAUAAGUCGCAAAUUUACGCUUCACUCAGUCGCUACUCGAACUUAGCAAGCUGUGGACGUGCUACUGGGAUUCAACGCUCUGUUCCACGUGUCCGGCUAAAGAGUCAGUGUCUUGUAACCUUCCAUCAGCCGCCUACUUUCUACCUCUAGCAAGGUACUAGGUUUAUAUCGUUCGAUCAAAAGGGAAAAACCAGCUCACAUUCAGGAGCAACAGCUUUAAUCAUGUCAGCCGAUAAAGUGACCAAUGGUGUUGAGCGGGCUGCCGAUGGAUUCCGGGCCCAACCGAAAGGCUUCGCCACCAAGGCGAUCCACGUGGGACAAUCUCCCGAACAGUGGAACAGCAUGGCCGUAGUACCGCCAAUCAGCAUGAGCACAACGUUCAAACAAACGGGACCGGCACAGCAUAAGGGCUUCGAGUAUGGACGAAGUGGAAAUCCGACGCGUGAUGUUCUGGAAAAGUGUUUGGCUUCAUUGGACAAUGGAAAGUAUGGAUUGACGUUCUCCUCUGGACUGGGUACGACGACCUGUGUGGUGACCAUGCUGAAAGCCGGCGACCAUAUCUUGUCCGGGGACGAUAUCUACGGGGGAACAAAUCGGCUGUUGCGAAAUGUUGCCAUGAACAUGAAUAUAUCCGUCGAUUUCGUCGAUUGUACCAAUCUAGCCAAGGUUGAAGCCGCAAUCAAGCCGAACACCAAGCUGAUCUGGAUUGAAACGCCGACGAAUCCCACUUUGAAAGUGAUCGAUAUCGAGGCAGUUUGCAAGAUUGCGCACAAACAUCCUGGGGUUGUGGUUGUGGUUGAUAAUACAUUCCUGUCGGCUUACCUCCAACGUCCCCUGGAUUUGGGAGCGGAUAUCGUGAUGUACUCCUUGACCAAAUACAUGAACGGCCACUCCGAUGUUAUCAUGGGCGCACUAGUCACGAACGACGAAGCCCUAUACACUAGGCUCAAAUUUCUGCAAAACGCCACCGGCAUCGUUCCGUCGCCAUUUGAUUGUUACCUGGUCAAUCGUAGCCUGAAGACACUUGCGGUACGCAUGGAACGCCACAAGUCCAACUCGUUGGCGGUUGCUCAAUACCUGGAGAAGCACCCGAAGGUAGAGAAGGUCCUCCACCCGGGUUUACCUUCGCAUCCCCAGCACGAACUGGCCAAAAAACAAACCUACGGCCACUCGGGUAUCAUGUCGUUCUACAUCAAGGGUGGAAUGGAACAAUCGUCGGUUUUUCUUAAGACGUUAGAGGUUUUUACCUUAGCCGAAAGUCUUGGUGGAUUCGAGAGUCUGGCGGAACUGCCGUCGGUGAUGACACACGCAUCGGUUCCGGCCGAGGAUCGCGUCGUUCUGGGCAUCACUGAUGGGUUGGUGCGUCUGUCGGUUGGUCUGGAGGACAUCGACGACUUGAUUGCCGAUUUAAAACAAGCGUUGGAUCGAGUUUGAAUUUAAUUUUUUUUCUCAAAUUAAUCUCGGAUGCCAUCUCGAUGUUUUUAUCCCGCUUAUGUGUUUUUUGAAUGAAAUUUUGUUAAAAUAAAAAGUAUUCUGGAA